AUGUCCUGUUGGAUGCCUAAAAACAUCGUCAUUGACGCCGCAGCCAAUGAUACCGAUUCCUACGUGCCCAGAAUUCCCCUUAACAUUCUUGAAGCCUUCAUCCCGGGCUACUCUGCAAUCUCAGAAUUCCUCUUUCACGCCCUUGGUUUUGACAUUACCAUUCUCGUAUCUAUUGGCUUUCUGAUCUUUGCUUUGAUCACAUCUGCUCAGUACAUCUGGCAACGUCUCUACGAGCGUUUCUGCCAGUGGUUUACUUCAACCAUUAGCGUCGAGUCUGAAGAUGACAUUUACGACGACGUCAUGAGAUGGGUGGCAGAGCAGAAUAUGACGAUGCGGUGUCGCUCACUCAAGGUGACGAGUGGCUCCUUCACUGCAUGGGACACUGAUGAUGAUUCGGACUCGGACUCGGACGAUGAAUCUGAUGACGGAAACUCAAAGGACACCACUGCGUCCAAGAUCAAACCGAGCGAAAAUUACCGGCCUACCCACAUUGAAGGAUAUGGUGAUGUCAAGCUCCUCAAUUUCCGAGCGGCAUACGCAAAGACACCCCCUCGCUUCGAGCCUUAUUCUGGCAAACACAUGUUCUUUCAUAAGGGCAGCUUGUUUAUCUUUUCUCGCAGAAAACAGACCCGCGAAUCCUACUACCGUCCCACCGAGUACGAAAUUGCUUCCUUGACCCGCGUCGGUCGGUCGACUGAGCCGCUCAAGGAGUUGCUUGAAGAGAUUCGAGAACACAAUUCGACGCGGGAAAAGGCGCUGACCGUGAUCCGCCGACCGGCAUCAAAGGAAAGCCGAAAGAACAAUGGCGCCACAUGGACACGUGUGGCUGCCCGUCCGUCUCGAGCCCUGAACACGGUGGUGCUUGAUUCGGUGCAAAAGGCUCGCGUGCUGCUUGAUAUCAACGAGUAUCUUCAUCCAGCCACUGCACGCUGGUACGCUAACCGCGGCAUUCCGUACCGGCGAGGCUAUCUCUUCCACGGCCCGUCGGGCUGUGGCAAGACUAGUCUGAGCUUUGCUAUUGCCGGCAUCUUUGGUCUUGACAUUUACGUCAUUUCACUGCUUGAACCGACGUUGACAGAAGAAGAACUCUGCGCGCUACUCAAUCACCUCCCCAAACGCUGCGUCGUGCUUCUCGAAGACAUUGACAGUGCGGGUCUGAAGCGCAAGGAGAAGAGCGACGCGGACAUGGAGGACGCCGGGUCCAAGUCUCCAUCCGAAUGGGGUCUCGUGGAAGUCGCUCGAGCGCUGAAGCAGGAGCAAGACGAGAAGAAGGACAAGGACAAGGGCAUUUCGCUCUCUGGUCUGUUGAACGCAAUUGACGGCGUGGCAUCGCACGAAGGCCGAGUGCUCGUCAUGACUACGAAUUAUCCUGACAAUCUGGACGAUGCCCUCAUUCGUCCCGGCCGCGUGGAUAUGCAAGUCCAAUUCGAUCUCGCGACAAAAGAUCAAAUUCGCGAACUGUUUAUCCGCAUGUACUCCAACGAAGACACAAAAGCCGGUCAUCAUUCUCACAAGCGUCAAAACUCAAACGGCAGCCUCCAUGGCACCGUCAAGACCAAGCAUGCUCGCAAAGCCUCCCGCGCAGCAGCUCGAGAGAAGAAGGACGGAACUCUGCCGUACGAAGAGUUGCGAUCUAUUGCGCGGGACUUUGCUGAUCAUCUUCCCGACGGUCGCAUCUCUCCCGCAGAGAUUCAAGGGUUUUUGCUCAUGCGAAAGAAGGAACCGAAGCGUGCGUUGGAACAGGUGGACGCCUGGCGUGAUGCCUUGUUGCAUGCCAAGGAAGCCAAAGCAAAGAUUCUUACCGUCCAGUAG